UCGGAGGACACUUCUGACUCUGGUGGCCUCUCCUCCUUGUCCGACACAUCCGGGACUUCCUUUCUGAAAUGACGUCGUUGAAAAUUUCAUUAAACAUUAUAGUUUGGAAGCCUAGGCGGGGUGUACGGUUCGGCUGGCUAGCGUAAUCGCUGUUUAAAAAAGACGGCACUUUUUAUUGAUGGCUCAGAUUCACAGCACGAGUAUUCCCGGCGAACUGAAACUCCUGACCGCUGAAAGAAAACAGAACUUCACGUGGGCACGUGGUAGCUUUGUAUCUGUUUAGUAUUAGGUGUAGUUCUCAAGUGGCCAGUUUAACAGCAGUAUGAGUUUGGUUGGCGGCUACAAUCAGCCCUUCCCUGGAUCUGAAGCCUUGUACUCUCCUUAUUACACGGCUAGGUUCGAGCCUCACAACGCAUCAGGGUCUUCUGAUGCUCCCUAUUUUACUCCCUGGACAUUCGCUCCUACUAACCAAAGUUCUGAGAUGUCGCCUCACAGUGUGGAGUACAGCCCGCCGCCUUACGUGCCUUCUCCCGCUCAGCAGACCUCCACGCCGGCGGACUCCUUCUCCGUGUCCGGUUCAGCUUCGGGGUGCGACUACAUGUUCGGUCCGUGCGGAGUGACAAGUGUCGGGCCAGACGGAAAGUUGACGAUCCCAGGCCGGGGUGGGAUAAAGCGGAGAUCUACGGCUAACAAGAAGGAAAGACGUCGCACUCUUUCAAUUAACAACGCAUUCGCAGAUCUGCGAGAUUGCAUCCCGAACGUUCCCGCUGACACGAAACUGUCGAAGAUCAAGACGUUGCGGCUCGCUACCAGCUACAUAGCUUAUCUUAUGGACUUGCUGGCUCAGGACGAUCCGGGACGUUCCCCCGACGGAGGCUUUAAAGCAGAACUCACGCGAAAGAUUGAAUCUAGGGAAGAAAAGAGAAAGACCGAAAUAAAAAUCACGGCAUAUAAUGAAAGAACGGAUGGAGUUACUAAUGACCAUUGUUCACCGGUAUAUAAACAUACAAUAGAUGAAGAUCCUAAACAAACAAGAGAUGAAAAUCCUGAUGAUCACUGUCCACGCUCCAGAUUUAGAGCAACCUUAAGAGGCUGUUUACUUCUUGUAACGGAUGUCAUAGUAUCCAAGGUUGCUGGAGCAGGUGUCAUGGUAAUCAUUGUUUAUGGAGCUGGUGUCGUGGUAUCUAUGGAUGUUGGAGCAAGUGUCGUCUUAUUCAUAACUGUUGAAGCAGGUGCUGUGGUAUCCAAAGCUGCUGAAGCAGGUGUCGAAGUAUCCAUGGCUGCAGGAGCAUUUCUGGCAAUUCUUGACAUGCUUUAG